AUGUUCUUAACGUGUGGCUCUACAUGUCCACCGGUAUGUGAAGAUUGGUCUUAUCCACUUCCAAAACCACCAAAAAAAUGUCCGAAAAUGUGCGUUCAAGGUUGUUUCUGCAAGGCAGGCUUGUAUCGUACGAAAGAUGGUAGAUGUGUUGAACCCAAAGAAUGUUGUGGCAUGAACGAAGUAUUCACCGAUUGUGGUUCAGCAUGUCCCGAAACUUGUAAUAACAAGCCUGAAUUUUGCACGGAACAAUGUAUCACUGGAUGUUUUUGUCGUCUUUCGGAUUAUGUGCGCAUGAAUAACAGCACUGGUAGUCUUUGUAUUCAUCGUAACGUAUGUCCAAAAUAG